CUCGAGCUGUAAACACAUUUCAAGUUAAGCGAUGAUUGACUUACAUUGGAUAUUUACGCUGCUGAUCGUAGGAUGUGGUGGCAUGGUGCAAAGAAAUUUCAGUGUUUCAAUAAAGAAAAAUCCACUGUUUAAGAAUUGUAGCUUAUCAGGCAUUCCAAUAAACAAUUCGUGCGUUGACCAAGAUGUUAAACAAACUGAUGCUCGGUCCUUUAUCAUUGACUAUGACAGGAAUACAUUUGUGAUGGACGGCAAAGAUUUCAGAUACGUGGCCGGUUCGUUUCAUUAUUUUAGAGCCCUUCCCGAAACAUGGCGGACGAAAUUGAGGACGAUGCGAACAGGAGGACUUAACGCAGUUGAUUUGUACGUACAGUGGUCGAUACAUAAUCCAAAAGAGGACGAUUACGUAUGGGAUAAUAUUGCCAAUAUCACUGACGUUAUAGUUGCUGCAAUUGAAGAAGAUCUGUUCGUUAUCUUGAGACCUGGGCCAUACAUUUGUGCGGAGAUUGACAAUGGUGGCCUGCCGUACUGGUUAUUUACAAAGUAUCCUGGAAUACAGUUGCGGACGAGUGAUCCCGAUUAUUUGCGAGAAGUGCAUAUCUGGUACGAGAAGCUGAUGUCUAAGUUAACUCGUUAUAUGUAUGGAAACGGUGGUCCAAUAAUUAUGGUUCAAAUAGAGAAUGAAUAUGGCGCAUUUGGUAAGUGCGAUAAAACUUAUUUAAAUUUUUUGAAGGACGAAACUGAGAAGUAUACAGAAGGAAAAGCGCUUCUGUUCACCGUGGAUAGGCCUUAUGGUGAUGAACUUGAGUGUGGACGAGUUCCUGGCGUAUUUAUUACCACUGACUUUGGUUUGAUGACAGACUCAGAAGUUGAUGACCACAAGGCAAAAGUUAUAUCUGUUCAACCGAAAGGACCUCUCGUAAAUACAGAAUUUUACACUGGCUGGUUAACACAUUGGCAGGAACCAAAUCAACGACGUCCAGCUGAGCCUUUGGCAAAUACUUUACAUAAAAUGUUACAUGAUGGUUGGAAUGUAAAUUUUUAUAUGUAUUUCGGUGGCACAAAUUUUGGUUUUUGGGCUGGUGCGAACAAUUGGGGCCUUGGUAAAUACAUGGCAGAUAUCACAUCUUACGACUACGAUGCACCAAUGGAUGAGGCUGGUGAUCCGACUAUGAAAUACAACGUAUUUAGAGACGUUAUUAGCCAGUACAUCGACCUACCAGUAGCACGAGUGCCAGAUCGAGCGCCCAAAAUGAAACACGAGCCAAUAAUCAUGAAUAGUGUGGAUUGCAUACUAUCUGAAAACUCUAGGAAAUUUCUUGGAUCGCCCUCGAUAAACUCCGACAAUUUAAUGACGUUUGAGGAGUUGAAUCAAAACUCUGGUUUUGUUUUGUAUGAAACUACGCUACCUAAAUUCACACGUGAUCCUAGCAAUUUAGUGAUCAACGACUUGAGGGAUAGAGCACAGGUUUAUGUCGACGAGUUCUACGUGGGAACACUGUCUAGGGAAAAUGCAAUCAGCAGCCUUCCAAUUCCUGCAGGAUGGGGUACAAAGUUAUCGAUUUUAGUCGAAAACCAAGGUCGCACCAAUUUUGACGUUCUGGAUGAUUACAAAGGAGUGCUUGGAAACGUUACAAUUCAAACAUAUGAUGAACCGUAUUACUUGAAACUAUCCAAUUGGACAAAUAUAGGGUUUCCGUUUGAAAAUUUCGACAAACUUAAACAAUUAACUGAUUCAGUUACUGAAGGUCAAGGUGUAAAUGCUAGGGGAAUGGCUAUUCAUGGUCCAGUUAUUUUUAAAGGAAUCUUGACUAUCAACUCCAAGGAGAUUUUUGAUACAUAUAUCAACAUGACUGGAUGGGGAAAAGGUUUUAUUUUCAUUAAUGGGUUUAAUUUGGGACGGUACUGGCCUGCAGUUGGUCCUCAGAUAACAACGUAUCUACCAAAGGAAUUGCUAAAGGAUGGUGACAAUGACAUUAUAAUGGUGGAACUUCAAAGGGCUCCAAGUGAUAGUAAAAUCUGCUUUACAGAUGCUGCAAUAUUAGACGAAGCCUAGUCAAAUAUUAAUACAAAAUGCUCCAAAAUAAAACAAAAUCUAUUUUCUGCA